UCAUCUGUUGCUGCAUUUUAUGAUUAGUCCUUUCUUGUCUUGGAUCUGGUUUCCUCCUCCACCAACAACAAGUUAGUUUUAUCUGACCCCUCGCACAUCCACCGUACACCUCACAGCUGCUGCUGCUGCUGCUGCUGCUGCUUCUCACCACCCAGUGAGACUCGCCGUCGUAUCAUCGUCCAUCACAUCACAUCACAUCUUGAUCUCUCUCUGGAUCGUGCUCCCAUGCAUGUUAAUCCAAGCCCAACACAAGUCCAACAAUCAGCCUAUCCUAUCCUCACCCCCGUAGUCUAGUCGUGUUGCAUACAUACCAACGCUGAGAUAGAAUAAAAACCCCAUGUGUGCCCGCCUUUCUUUGUUCUCUUCCACCUUGUUAUCAUAUCAAAACCCACUUCCAACUCCCUUGUCAUCAUCGUUGUCCCCACUGCUCGGGUCUCUCAAACACGGAGCUUGCGAGCUCAUAUCAAAAAGCAUUGUUUCUUCCCAUUCGUCCUCUUCACUUCACGUCAAACAAAUCACCCAUCUCACAUCAGACGGGGAAUUUUUCAAAAUUAAGAAGCCCAUUGUCGGACCGGGGAGGACACCCAAUUCCACACGCACAGAUUGGAUUCCCAUUACCUGGAGCCGUAGGGGAACAUCGCUCGCCCAAAAGAAUCACGUACGCCCGCCCGCACGCACACACACUCGCGGAGAUAUAAGGCUAUAUAUGAGAUUGGCAAGCAGCGCCGAAUCUGAAAUCGGAGGAGCUUCGUAUCGUAUCCAACAGCAUCACCGCAACGCCUCUUUUUCCUACUCAGGGGGUUGCUUCUUGAUACAACGCAGUCUGGAUACGGAGACUCUUUGUUAUUUGGCCCCCAUUCUGCCUUGCCAUCUCACUCUUUUUUGGGGUGGAGAACUUCGAAACUGGGGCUCGUGGCGCUUGCUUGCUUGGCUGUUGGUGUUUCGAAGAAGAAUAGGGAGAAAAUAAUUGUUGUUGACUUUUCUUCAACAUUUGGAUCCCUUGGUCUUUGAAUCCGGUUCCUGCGCCGAGAAAGGAACACCAUUCACGACUCGAGUGAUACUUAGGUACUUACUCAUUACUCGUUACCAAAAUUCACGGCUACGACCUGCGGUGUUUGGUGGUG